AUGUUCUUUGCACUUACAACAAGCAGCCUUUCAAAGGUCAUAAGGACUUACCCAAGACCAUGCGUCAUGCCUCCUUACCGAAAACCAUGGGUCAUGUCUCCAGUAUCCGAAUUGAACAGCGACUGGACAGAAAUCUAUCGCCCAAUCCUUAUUGGAGCAGGUAAGGAAGCCCUCAGAAGAAAGCUUGGUUUCCAAGAGGAAGAGAACAGCGACUGGACAGAAAUCUACCGCCCAAUCCUUAUUGGAGCAGGUAAGGAAGCCCUCAGAAGAAGGCUUGGUUUCCAAGAGGAAGAAACAAACAGUGACUGGACAGAAAUCUAUCGCCCAAUCGUUAUCGAUGCUGUUACAGAAGCCCUCAGAAAGAAGCUUGGUUUCCAAGAGGAAGAAACAAACAGUGACUGGACAGAAAUCUAUCGCCCAAUCGUUAUCGAUGCUGUUACAGAAGCCCUCAGAAAGAAGCUUGGUUUCCAAGAGGAAGAAACAAACAGUGACUGGACAGAAAUCUAUCGCCCAAUCCUUAUCGGAGCUGGUAAGGAAGCCAUCAGAAGAAAACUUCGCUUCUAA